AUCAACACUUAUUCGCUUAUUUCAUAACCUAAAAUCGUCAUAAUAUAUUCGUUACGUGACAUGUAACUUACACUUUCUUUGUAUUUAAACCGUUUUUUAAAGACCCAGUGAACUCGACCUUGAGUAAGUCCAUCGGCGCCGCUAGAUCGCCCGACCGGCGACAAAACCGGCUCAUUACAUUUCCAUAACAACUUUUAAAGCUACAACACUAGUCGGUAUUCAAAACACAUUCCGCCCGCCUCCCGUCACACGAACACGCAUCAAAAUGAAGUCCUUUAUUGAAUAUUCUCCUGAUACCGACUUUCCUAUUGAAAAUUUGCCGUAUGGAGUCUUCACGUCACCCAAAAAUGUGGAGAAGCAUAUAGGAGUAGCAAUCGGCGAGUGGAUUUUGGACCUGCACGUCAUCUCACACCUGUUUGAAGGACCCCUGUUGAAGUCCAAGCAAAAUGUUUUUAAGGAAGAAAAACUCAACCCAUUCAUGGGGCUCACACGGCCACACUGGUUGGAGGCAAGAAGCACUCUGCAAAAGCUUCUGGACGCGUCCAACCCUACCCUGCAGAAUGACAGUGAUCUAAGGCAAAGGGCAUUUGUAAAACAGAGUGAAGCUCAGAUGCACUUGCCAGCUGAUAUCGGCGACUACACUGACUUCUAUUCGUCCAUCCACCACGCCACCAACGUCGGCAUCAUGUUCCGGGGGAAAGAUAACGCUCUUCUCGACAACUGGAAGCAGCUGCCAGUCGGCUACCACGGCCGUAGCAGUUCCAUCGUCAUAACAGGCACGCCGAUCACGAGACCACUCGGACAGACCUUACCCGUUGAAGGCGCCGCUCCCCACUUCGGCCCCUCUCGCCUGAUGGACUUCGAGCUAGAGAUGGCGGCCUUCGUGGGCGGCCCCCCCACCCGCCUCGGACAGAGGGUCACCGCUAAGGAGGCUGAAGAUCACAUCUUUGGACUUGUGCUCAUGAACGAUUGGAGCGCUCGUGACAUCCAGAAAUGGGAGUACAUCCCUCUAGGGCCGUUCACCGCUAAGAACCUGGGCACCAGCAUCUCCCCGUGGAUCGUCACCAUCGAGGCCCUCAGACCCUACAUCACGGACAACUUCCCACAGGACCCCACGCCCUUCCCCUACCUGCGCCACGAGGAUAACUUCAACUUCGAUAUCAAGUUGGAAGUGGAUUUGAAAUCGGAGAAAUCCCCCGUUGCGACCACAAUCUGCCGAUCCAACUACCGUUACUUAUACUGGACGGUGAAGCAGCAGCUCGCGCAGCAGACCAUCACCGGCUGCAACAUCCGCCCCGGAGACCUGCUCGGAUCCGGCACUAUUAGUGGAGAAGCCUCAGACUCGUUCGGCAGUAUGCUAGAGCUCUCCUGGAAGGGAACCAAACCCCUUCGCCUGCUAUCCGGAGAGGAGCGGAAGUUCAUUCAAGAUGGCGACACUAUCAUCCUCCGCGGCUACUGCCUCAACGACAACGGAGUCAGGAUUGGCUUCGGAAAGUGUGAGGGAAAACUACUCCCUGUAGAACCCCUCUGCGAAUAAUCUUUUAAAUCGAUUUAAGAGUUAUAACGAAUGUAAUCGAUUUAUGUAUAAUCGAGAACUCAAUUUUUUGGAUGUUUGUUUGCUUUAAUAAAUGUUUUAUUAUUAU